AUGUUUGCACAUUUUGUCACCAACUUUCCUGCAUUCCAUCAGGUUCUUAUCUUCGUGACCAUUCAAUCUUUGAUGGUCCCGACAGUUCCAGUCGGUGAUCGUUUCCACAUUUCUACGAUUGGCUCGCCAGAGCUCCUUCUAUUCCGGUGCAUCGUGUGGUGUGGAUAUAAGGACAUCAGGGAUAGCUAUGAAUUUGAAACCCAACUGAUUGAAAAGAUAUUAGAGUUCUUGAAAUGCGAAUUGAAUAGGGAAGAAAUGAUAGUGAUAGAGCAGUCAUUGCUUUGUGCAGAAACGCAGAGAAGAAGAAAAUUGCGGUUCCAAUGUCUGCAGGGAGCAAGUGAAGAUGUAAAUGAACUGAUGGAGGCAAAGGAAGCUGGUGUGUCUUACAUGAUAGGACAUGCUUGCGUUAUAGCUAGUGAGGCAUCAUGCGUUCUGAAGAAGUUUGUGAUUAACUUUGGCUAUGGAUUCCUUAGACGCAAUAGCCGGCGUCCUGCAACUUCACUUGGGAUCCCACACACUGCAUUGAUUGAAAUCAUCCUAAAGACUUCUCCAAUGCUCCGUAUUCUUCUGAAGCUUCCGACCUUAUCUAGAGGCUUCUCUUUUGCUCCAUAUUCUUCAGAAGCUUCCGGACUUAUCUAG